CCCAUCUGAUCGGAGCGCGGGCAGCGGCGGGCGCCCACACCUCCGAGUUUCCUGGCGGUGGACAGUGUGGGGUCUCCAGCUCCGGCCCGUCCGCCCCGCGCGCAGCCCGAGUCCUGCAGACCCAAGUGCCAGGGUUGGAGGACUGAGUUCCCGGACUCCGCAGCACAGUUCCCGGCGGCUGCUUCCAGAGAUGCCUGGAAGGAGGGCUCGUAAGAGCGCUCAGCAGAGCCCGACGCGGGCCCCGGCAGAUCCUGAAGUUGAGUGUGCCAUUCAGUUCAGGAGAAUUGGAGACAAACUGAAUUUCCGGCAGAAACUUCUGAAUUUGAUAUCCAAACUCUUCCGCUCGGGAACCUGACUUUAGAAGCUUUCGAAUGAAGAGACUCCUUUCAAUCGGAAGAUUCCCCAGUAAGUGCAAAUUUCAUCAAUUAGAGGAGAGACUGCCUUGUAUUGGAGAUGAACAACGUGAAAGAGCUCUCACUUGCUUUCAGAUGCCCUCGGAAACGAAGAUGGAUACAUCAAAAAUGAAUUGUUGUUGGAGGUUUUCCAGAAGUCAUCGUUUGGGAUGUGAGAACAUUAAAAAAACACUUUGUUUAUUUUAAAACAAGAAUGGAAGAGCUUUGAAAAUAGGAAAUUAAUUAUUUAUACAUUUUGGUUUUGCUUAGAGACUUGUUCUAGUAUUUUUGCUAAAGGUUGCUGCCCAGUGUAUGAGGAGUUGACAAAUGAUUAGACUAUGGGCAGGGGCCAAGAAACAGAACAUGUUCAAUGUUUGUUUCUACUUUUGGAUGACAACUCCAGAACAAUGUAUUAUCUUUGGUUUAUAUAUAUUACCUUGUUAAAAGUAAAAUUUUUUUCUGAGAACACUGAAUGUCAUAGUGAAUGUUGAUUUCAUAGGUCACUACAAAAUAUAAACUAAUUUGAUAGUUUCUUUUUACUCAAAAUGUAUGGCUUCUGUUCAGAUGAGAUUUUAUUAAAUGUGAUCCUAUGGGCCUUAACUGGGAAAUUAUAUGCUUUGAAAAAAUUUGAAGUGUUACUUGGUGCCAGUGGAAUUCUUGCAGGUUGAAUAUUAAAAGAUUAAGAAGCAUGGGGAUUUUUGCAUAACCGGGAAUAAUGAAAAAUAAGUGACAGACUUUUUUUUUACUGCUGUAAUUAUAACUUAGUAAAACAAAUAUUCUAACGUAACUGUUGGUAAGAAAAUAAAUGUGUUUCUAAAGAAGUUUCUAAAAUCUGUAAAAUGUCCCUUCUGAUACUAGUCAGCGUGCAUUGUAUAAGAGUGAUCUUUUAAGAGAAAUUAAGCAUGUUUUCAUAUUUGGGAUACAUAUAUAUAUUUUUAAAGGAACAGAUUGCUCAUCCAGAAUGAAAAUCCCAUUUAUAUACAUAUACAUAUAUCCAUCUGAAGAUAUAUAUAUAUAUAUAUAGAUAUAUAUAUAUAUAUGGCAUUAGAGUAAUAUGUAGUUUUUGAGAAAGGUUUCAUGAAUUCUAUUGUUUUUUUGGCCAGGCUAUCAACAAAGUCCCCAGAUAUAUAAAAAAAGAAAUAAUACUGUCAUGAUUGAAUUUUAGCAGGAAUAAUCUUAUUUAUUUUACCUAUUUAUAAUUAAACUAUUUUUUGUCUAGUCUGAAACUGUAUAUUAAAGUUGCAUUUUGGGGUUUUGUGACAAGGGUUUCAUAACUACUUGAACUCUUACAGUAAGAAUGUUUUAAUAUAGGCUGUAGUCACUUUAGAUGAAAAAUUACCUCAGCAUCUGUUUUUCUUCAGUAUUACUUAAGCUGUUAGUUUAUUUAGUUGCAAAGAUUUUUUUUGGGGGGGGGGUCUGCCUAGUGGCAAGUAUUUUGCCAUGUGGAUAUUUAUGGUCUGUAACUGUAUUUAUACAUAUAUAUAUAUACAUAUACAUAUAAAAUUUGAUACUGUAGCUGUAAACUAUUAAA